AUGAGUUCCAACGAUUCUUUACAAAGUAAACUCACUCUUGAACACAAAGAAGAAGUCGGUGGAUUGACAGGAGGCUUCAUUGAACCUACUGAUCGAUUCACAAGAAAAGAAAUCCUUCAAAUGGUGAAUCAAUUGAGUCAAACUAGAGUCUCUAUUCAAGUGGUUUCCGGUAAUCAAACCAAACAAGAUUUUGAUGUUCAAUCAGGCCUUCAGCUUCCACAUUGUAAUUUGUCUGGUCUUGAUUUGAGACAUUUGUGGUUGAAACGUGCCAAUUUCACAGGAAGUAAUUUGGAAGGAACAAAAUUUGAUGAAGGACGAUUGGAAAGUGCAACAUUUGAAUGGGCUAAUUUGAGAGGAGCACGUUUUGUGAAGGCAGAUUUGAAGAAGGCUAAUUUGAAGAAUGCUGAUUUACGUGGUGCCAAUUUGGAAGGAGCUGAUUUACAAUUCGUGAGCUUGAAAGGAGCACGUUUGGAUGGAUGUAAUAUGAGAAAUGUAAAUUUGCAAUUUUCUGAUCUGGGAGGAUGUAACUGGAAAGAUGCUGAUACAACAGGUGCUGAUUUGAGGAAUUGCUAUGGAGAUAACGUGAAGGAAAGCAAAAACUUGUAA